AUGCCACCCAACCUUCCAGGCUUCUACUUCGACCCCGAAAAGAACCGUUACUUCAAGAUCCAGGCCAACCACGUCGCGCCCACGGGCUCCAGAUACAGCCGUCAAGCCGUGAAGGCCGAGAAUGUCAUCAAAAAGGAUCAGCGGCGAGUGGAACGAACCCAGCGCACGAAACUCGCCAGCACGAUAACGAGGUCCAAAGUCCUGGUGCAUCCACUACUCUCGUUCGACAGACGACUAGGCGACCUACGACGCAGCGCCAGGACCAGCGUGGCCGAAUACUACGCCGCCAGUCUGCACGGCGCGGAUGCACUGAGGCCUGCUUCCCCUUCCAUCUUUCCCGAUUCAGGCCAUUUCGCCGUGGACCACGAGUCCGGGUCCCUCUUCGGCGAUUUUACAUGGCUUCACACUACGAGGAUGCUGGCAUUGCAUUGCGACAGACAUCCUUUUGACGAGCAGCGGUAUCCCCGUGGCGAGGGGGCAUCCUGGCGGAGCACGGCCCACCCGGAAUCUACUGAACGGCUGUACUCGAAGAGGAGCGGACUCUACAAUUCGAUCGCGAGCGUGGCGCGCGUCCAGGCUGUCGCGUCCCUCGGGAGCGGCAUGGUGGCCUGGGUGCAGAGCAGUCCUGGGGCCGAAGGCGGGCCGCAGGAAUCGCGCGUCAAAGUGGCUUCCUCUGUGGGAUCACCGUUUGCAAGUAACGGAGUCAACGAGUCGGCAUUCUACAACCGCAUCGUGGACCUCGCUGCACGGCCUGCUAGUAGCCACAGCGGCGGAGACGGCAGCCACAUCGCCCUCGCAACCGGCAACUCCAUCUGGCUCAUGGACGUCACGAACCCGCACCACGGCCCUGCACAGUACCUGCUCAACCAAGCCGACGGGACCAAAGACACAAUGAAGGUGCACUUCCUCGACCACAACGUGCUGAUGUGCGGCACGCGGUCCGGCAAGAUGCUGCUCCUGGAUGUGCGCGAGGCGCCCUCGUCGUUUUCUACCACGCGCCUCCGCAUCCAACAUUCCAGCGCGAUUACCAACAUGCGGGCCCUGGCGGGGCAGUCCAUUCUGCUCGCCGGCCUAGGCAGCACCGGCGUAUACGACCUGCGCAUCACCCCUCGACCGAGCCCCAAGUGCCAUCUCCCUCGGGCGAACAGCUACCGCCACUCGAGACCCGUGGUGGCGUUUGACAUCUCCGCCACGAGGCGCCAGAGCCAGUACGGUCUCGGCUGGGCUUACGAUCCGGAACUGAACCUCGUGGUCGCCGCGUCGACGGACUAUGUGGCCAACCAUCGCGUGGGCGUCUGGAAUGCCGGCACGGGAAAGAUGGUCGCGAGUCCUCUGAACGAGUUCGUGUUCUCUAAGCCCGUGGUCUGCGCGGAGGUGGCCAGGGUGAGGGAUGGGCCGAAGAGCGUAUUGCUUAGUCUCCCUGGUCUGGGAGGGGGGAUCAUGGAGUGGAGUCCGCAAGGGCUGGAGAGUCGUUUCUCUCGACGGACACAGCGAUUUGACGGACGGAGGGUAGCGGGUGAGGACGAGGAGAGCGGUACUGGUACCACCGACGACGAGGAGAGCGGUACUGGUACCACCGACGACGAAGAGGGCGAUUCGUUGGACGGUGGGUAG